AUGGUCCGAAGCUUCAUUUUACGCAUCCCGGUCGUGCGCGCCCUCGCGUCGCGUGUCUCGCAACCACUCCUCCCGCUCACCACUCGCCUCGGCCCCCGCGCAGCGGCCUCCAGUUCACGACCGUUCUCUCAUUUCCCCGCCCGCCUUUCUGCCUCACCACCACCCUCGCCACGAUCUCCAGACGAUCCCGAGUCCUCCAGCCAUUCUCUGCCGCCCGAUGCGUCACUCACGCAGCGCCUCAAACACCUCAUAAAGUCCUACGGGUGGUAUGCACUCGGCGUGUACAUCGUCCUCUCCACGCUCGACUUCACCGUCGCCUUCGCUGCCGUGAAUGUCAUCGGCGCAGAGCACGUGUCCAAAGUCGCCGCGCAGGCCAAGGAGUACUUCGCUGGCCUCAUCCACUCAACACCGCCGGAGCCUGGUCGCGAGGAGAUGGAAACCGCGGCUUCACACGCCGCCUCCGGUGGUCAUGAAGGUCUCAUGGCGAUGAUCGUUCUUGCCUACACCAUCCACAAAACACUCUUCCUGCCUAUCCGCGUCGGCUUGACCGCCGCUGUCACGCCGAGGCUCGUACACUGGCUCCGGGCGCGAGGCUGGGCUGGUAGCGCCGGCACUCGGAGGGCUGCACAGGAGGUCCGGGAGAAGAUCCGGAACAGGCGCGAUAGGGAAUGA